ACGAGUUCGAAGAUUUCGAGGAAAGCGUGGAAAACACGUCUCCCAUUGGCAUUACUAGCACUGUUAAUUCGUGCAUGGAUUUAGAAAGCCAAAAUCCGGAGAAAGAGAGAUCGUCGAAGAAGAAGAAGAAACGCGAUAAGGAAUUGUACCAAGUAGGAAAAUUAAAAAGCGAGCUUCCUCUCUCGGAGCGUAUUGGGAAAGACAAAAAGUGCAAGAAGCGCAAAGACCAUAUUUCGGACGGCUCCAGCGAAGACAUGGAAGCGAUCUUUGAAGAUUUGGUGGUCGACAAAGAAAGUGACUUGAGAACCGAGCUGAGUAGAAGGCGUGCAGAGAGAUUGAACAGGACGGUCCCAAUUCAGUCUGCGAGAUUAGUACAAUCUGCUUUUAAAGGAGUAGUUAAUGAAGUUGUCAAGAGUAACGCAAAAGUGAAUCAAAGACAUUUAGUUAAAGCAGAUGAGAAAUCUAAUCAAAAAGCAGUUAGACGGGUCACCGUUCUUCACAGGCCAAUAUCUAAAAUACAUGAUUCAGAAG